GCGGCCUCGGGAGGAUUUACGGGGAGGCUGCAGCCUGUACUUCCCCGUCCGUCCCCGGACCUUCAGUGUCGCUGCGGGCAUAACGGGGCUCACGCCAUGGCUUGGCUCCCGACUGCGCCACAGUCUCUCGGGAGACGUGGGUCCUCUGAGCCUCGUUAGUGUCGGAGCUCCGGCCGCAGGCAGCUUCGCGGCGGCGGAAGAACAGACCCUCUGGAAUGGACGGACUCUUUCAGAGCAACUUUGCUAACUGGCAGCAGCUGAACAAUGUUCCUCGGUAAUACCAGUCUUGUCAGCGUGAUCAUCACAUCAUUUCACUCUGGUGGCAGGGACUCAGCUCCGAAUUCUAUAUAGAAAACACCUGGAUCCCAGUCUUUCAAUGGCUUCGAGACCACCAGAAGUGCCUGCUCUUGAGCCUAGUGGGCCUCUAGGCAAGAUGUCCCUGCCCAUCGGGAUGUACCGUCGGGCAUUCAGCUAUGAUGAUGCCCUCGAGGACCCUACGCCCAUGACUCCUCCUCCAUCGGACAUGGGCAGCAUCCCCUGGAAGCCAGUGAUUCCAGAGCGCAAGUAUCAGCACCUCGCUAAGGUGGAGGAAGGAGAGGCCAGUGACUCCUCCCCUGCCAUGACCCUGUCAUCGGCCAUUGACAGUUCGGACAAGGCCCCUGUGGUGAAGGCUAAAGCCACCCGUGUCAUCAUGAAUUCUCUGAUUACAAAACAGACGCAGGAGAGCAUUCAUCGUUUUGAGCAGCAGGCAGGGCUGAGUGAUGCUGGCUACACACCCCACAAGGGCCUCACCACUGAGGAGACCAAGUACCUUCGAGUGGCAGAAGCACUCCACAAACUAAAGCUACAAAGUGGAGAGGUAGCCAGAGAAGAGCAGCAGCCGGCCUCAGCCCAAUCCACCCCAAGCAGUACACCUCGCUCUUCUCCGAAGCAGAAGUCCAGAGGCUGGUUCACUUCUGGUUCUUCCACAGCCUUACCUGGUCCAAAUCCUAGCACCAUGGAUUCUGGAAGUGGGGAUAAGGACAAAAACUCAGCAGAUAAGUGGAGCCUCUUUGGACCAAGACCCCUCCAGAAGUCUGAUUCAGGGGGUUUUGCCACCCAGACUUACAAAGGAGCCCAGAAGCCUUCUCCAAUGGAACUGAUGCGUGUCCAAGCCACCCGAAUGGCUGAAGAUCCAGCAACCUUUAAGCCACCCAAGAUGGACAUCCCAGCCAUAGAAGGGAAGAAACAACCUCCUCGGACCCAUAAUCUCAAACCUCGUGAUCUGAAUGUGCUCACACCCACCGGCUUCUAAGAGCUCCUUCCAGUCCAGGGACUCUGGAUAGAGGGUGUCUGUGCCCAACUCUCCUUUUGCUGUGGCUCUGACAUAGGAAAGAAUAAAUUUUUUAAAAAUUGAGGCAAGAGCUGGAGACAUAAUUUGUUUUUGAGAACAUUAGUGCAAAGCUUGUCCUUAUGUGGAAGAAGCCAUUUUGUACUGCUUUAAUGUAAAGUCAAACGAAAUCUCAGCAGUGAUGUAUGGGGACCUUAUCACCACUUUUGUAUCACUUACCCUAGACAAGAACUUGGAUCACUGCUUACUAGGUGAAUAAUGUUUGUGUUGUUGCUAAACAGGCUUCUUGAUUUCUUGGCCACUGUCAAGCGUGGGCUUGGACGAGUUAUGGAAUAGGGGUGCACAUUGAUAAGUUAAGGCAGCUUUGGUUUCGAGUGUGCUCCAGCCUUGUCAGUUAGGAGACCUGAGACUGUUUGAGAUCUAGGUACAGUUAAAAGCCAGACUUGGCAGGGAUCCCCCUUCCUGACCUGAACCUGAGUCUUCUUGUGUCUCAGUGCACCUGCUGGGUCACUGUCCCGUACAGCUUGUGCUGUAGUGCCUGUCGGGCCAGUGUGUUGGAGGGAUGCUUCUCUUUUUUGUGUCACAGAACAAACAGUAGUCUUGCAUGUCCUUUGCACUUUAAUUCCAGUUUAGUUGAAAACUUUCUGAGGGAGAAAAUAGUCUUCUGGUUUGUAUAUGUAAGUGGAUGUUAAACUUUUUUGAAGUAAAGAAGGUGGUGACUACAGUUAGAUUAUAGUCUUGAGGUUCAUGUGAGACUAGUGUCACCCUAUUUUGAUUUCCUUUUACAGGCCAGGAUGUGAAACUGUUUUUUGGGAGUUGGAAGAAUUUUAAAUUCUAAUGAAAUCAUCUCCCGCUCCCCCAAUGAUCUUCAUACCUUUAUAAAUACAUACCUUACUGUGGAAGGCAACCAGGGAACCUACCUUUUUAUUUCUCCUCACUGUGUACAUGUUCAGUCAUUGUCUGGAACAUUGUCUCAAAUUCUUGCUGUGUUUUAUUUUGGAUACUGUCAUGUCUACAUAAGGAGCUGAGCUGAACUUUCCGUAGAGUCUGUCCAUGGAGUCUAAGAUGAUCAGCAUAAUUAAUUUAUUUGUGUCUUGUGUUAUGCUUGUAUCUCUUACUUAAAACGUUUUGACAAUAAAAACACUGCUUUCUCAAGUA